AUGUCUGAAAGCCAGAGAUUUGAAAAUGAAGGAAAAAAAUCUCAUUAUGACCAGUUUGAGAGAUCCUUUAGCAAGGGCUCAUUAUUUUUCAACCAACAAAUAUUUUCUCCCUCUUCCAAUAUCUGUAAUGUUGAUGAUAAUGCGGGAGUCUUUAUCCAACCAUCAUCAUUCAAAGGGUAUUACAGUAUAGAUGAUAUGGAGCAACCUUACACAUGUAAUCAAACAAGUGAGGCCUUAAGUGAGAGCUCUAUCUUCAAUAAUUACAACAGUAUUUAUAAUGGAGCGAGAAUCUAUCCAUACAUUGAAUCUGGGACUAACUUUGACCAAGACUCGAGUCUCAUGAAACAUCAGAGAACUCAAUUUUCAGAGAACCAUUAUAAAGGGAAUGAAUGUAGAAAUGUCUUUUAUCAAAGCUCAAAUCUUAUUACACAUAAGAAUAUCCAUAUUGGAGAAAAUAAUUACAAAUUUAGUGAAUGUGGUAAAGUUUUUAACCAGUCUUCGAGAGUUACUCAACAUCCGAGUAUUCAUGCUAGGGAGGAACGUUACAAGUGUAAUGCAUGUGGGAAAGUCUUUAAUCAAUUAUUAAAUCUAAAUAGACAUAGGGAAAUCCAUAUCAGAGGGAAACAUUACAGAUGUGAAGAAUGUGGCAAAGCCUUUAACCGACACUCAAGACUUACUCGACAUCAGAGAAUUCAUACUGCAGAGAAGCCUUACAAAUGUACAGAAUGUGGCAAAGCCUUUAACAGGCGUUCAUAUCUUGCUCAGCGAAUUCAUACUGGAGAGAAACCUUAUAAAUGUAAAGAAUGUGGCAAAGCCUUUAACUGCCGCUUGAAUCUUACCCGUCAUGAGAGAAUUCAUACUGAGAAGAAACUAUAUAAAUGUACAGAAUGUGGCAAAGCCUUUAACAGGCAUUCAUAUUUUACUCAGCAUCAGAGACCUCACACUGGAAAGAAACCUUUCAAAUGUAAAGAAUGUGGCAAAGCUUUUAAUUGCCACUCAAACCUUAUUCGACAUAAGAUAAUUCAUACUGCAGAGAAGCCUUACAAAUAUAGAUAA